AUGAGUUUUGCCGCUCGAUUUCGAAGGUUGCCAACGAAUUCAACAGACCCUGGCGGAUUCAACUUUGUUUUAAAAAAAGAUUUGGUCAGACAGAACGCAUUUACAAGUAUUGUAACUGAGAAAAUGUCUGGAAAUAACAGCAAGUCAAGCGGAGCAACAAGCAGCGGUAAGAUGCAUCAGCUAUCCUUGAGACUCGUGAAGGAGAGCGGACCUCUGACAUUACAACAGGAGUUGGGACGACAACCGGUACUGGAACCACAAACAGUUCUACGUCGUCCGUAA